AUGCCGCUCAUGAGACUCUUUACGACUUUCGAACGGACAAUGUCUCCACGAUCUGAGGAAGACAAUGUACCCAACACCGACACCGUUCCUGAGGAGGAGCUCUGGCACCUCCUCGAGGACGACAGGGAGCGAUACACCGAUACCUUACCAUUCAGCGCCGUCCGGCUGCAUCCCCAACAACUGGGGAGCUACCGUGGACGACGUCGUGCUUCGUCCCGUUGGCCACCCUCCCGGACUCCUAUCAGCCUCAGCCCCGUACCUGCGUCCUCCGAAGACGAAGACGAAAGUUGGUCGCUUACUUCCGAAAUCGAACGUGCAGAGGACGACGAAGCCCACCAGCCGCUUCUGGAGGAGUUGAGGUCGAGCACGCACAGUCCCUCUCCUCUGUCCAUUCGGUGGCUUCCCUCCCUGCCCGGUGGCGAACCGUCUAGUCUCCAAAUGCGGGAAAAUCUCGCCGAGCACGCUGAGGCGAAUACUAGCAUGUCAGCCUCAAGAGGACCGAGUAAUGAGCCUAUACACAGGCCCUCGGCUCCUCUCCCAUUCGCUGCCGCCCUAAAGGAAGAGCGAGCCUUACGCUCUCCUCGUCGCUCCGGCGACACUCCAGCUGCUCGGUACGCUGCUGCGCGCGAUAGUCAGCGCGAAGCAGAGCUCAAACGGCUCUCCCAGAUAGUGGAGGCACAAAGCACGGAUGCCAUGGCGAUGGGUCGGCGCAUAUUAGCACUCGAAGAGGACUUGAUGCGGAGUCAACACACGCUGAGGCAUAUCCUCGCUGCGGUGGAGGACCAGAAUCAGCCACCAGCGUACACUGAGGAUUGA